AUGCGAGCUAGGGAUAAUUUGCAUCAGGCUGCGAUUUGGGAAGGAGCCCGGCUGCUGAGUCACGCGAUCAACCGCAUUCCUGACGAAAUGCUCUCGAGGAACCUUGUUGCAUUCUUGCGAACACCCGCUUUCAAGUCCUCCGGGCCACUUGCUAUUUCAACUCAAUUCCAGCUGGUGAAAACGUGCUUAGGGAGCCGAGUCGUCGCAUCUCGAGCCAUCAGUUUACGUCCGAAUGUAUUCCAACACCGUUCGGCUGGGUCAAGGCUUUCGACGUUGACGAUUCCCCGGCGAGAAGCAGAUGGGUCCGCGACGCGGCGUGAAUUGUUUCGAGAGACUGGACUGGGUCUUCUCGUCGCGGGAUGGACGGAUCGAGAACCGGGCCAAGUGAGGUUUGGAGCAGAUCGUUCGUGCGAACGGGUUAACGACGGGAACGUGUCCGCACGAGGAGGAUCUAAUGAUCCUAAUCUCAUGGAAUCUCAUCGACAGUGCGCAGGCGAGAUCGACGCCGCGCAGACGACGCAUUUUUUUCCCCCAUCCUCCUUGGGCCCCUGUGCAAAAGAACAGAGCGUUCCUUUGUUCCUCGUUGCCUGCGACGCAUACUUGAGUGUGCAAGCUACCUCAUCUUUCGCGAACCUGGUAGGGCCGCCAGCUGGCGCAAAACUGGCGCUGAGUGCCCACCGUUCACCAGCGAAAUUGAAAAGACGCCAAGUGCUCGGGGGGGGGGCUUGUAUCCAGGCCUUUUUUGUUUCGAAUGUCGAAACCUCUGAUGCGAGGCGAUUCUGGGUCCGGGUCAGCUGGGCCGAAUGGAGAACGAAGAUGCCUACGUCAGUUCCGACGGCACCGCAUUUCUUGAAGAAACCCGUGUGUGCCGAGGCGUUUGAAGGCGACAGCGUAGUGCUCAUCUGCGAAGUGGAAGGCAAUCCUGCACCCACGGUCAUCUGGGAACGAGAUUUCCUAAACCACGGCUCUAACGCGGCCGUGAUGACCUACAAAACGGUGCCCGGAUUUUUAGGCCCCGGCUUUAACGUGCAAGAAUGUUGUGAACCUCUUGCAAAGGUUCUUGUCCGGCAGAUCGAAUUAAUGCUGAUGCGAGUACGACGCAGCUUGAAAUCCUACUGGGUUAGAAAUUCAUCAAGGGAGCCGCGGGAGUUCUGCGAUUGUAUCUUCUCAACUUGCGCCGGAACAAGAACCGCAUCCCUGAGGCAGGACAAACAAACCUCGGCUGGUUGGCGCUUUGCUUUUCGGGGACUCGGGAGCGGCGAGGCGGCGCCGGUUGCGUCGCCGAACCCGCCAGUUCAUGCGUCUCCAUCGAGAUCACUGAUCGAGAUUUUAUGGAGAGUGCAUGGAGAGGUAUGGAGGGUCGGGAUUUACGGGACAGUCGUGUGUGAAGUGACAGUGACAAAUCUUGCGGAGUCGACGUUGUCGCACUCCUACCUUCCGGAUACUGAUGGAUUUCAGUCCGGCUCGGAUUCCGCGGGGUUUAUGAGUCCGCCUCGAUCGGGCUUCGACGAGGCCGAUCGGCGACUGUCACCUAGCUGGUAUCACUUUCCGGCUUCCUUCAAAUGA